CUUGUGAGCCGCGAACCAUCUUCAAUCCGGUUUGCCUAUUCGUACACAAAGUAAAUCACCCUAACCAGCCUAUAAAGGUCGCAAAUAUCUAACCCGCUCCUGACUAGCACUGCCCACCCCGAACAGUCACCUGAUAGCCCUAAUUGUGGCUGAUGCACUCUCGACAUGCACCAGUGUCUUUGCAUAAGUGAGAUCCUGGAAACGAUUUUUUAUUUUGUGUUCAUCGAUGGACGACGACGACGUUUCUUCCACCCAUACCCAUUACCUGAUUUCAUACCGUCACCGGAAACUCAAGAUCGACGUUCCAUCUUCCGACUUGCACUCACUUGUCGUGCAUUUCGCGAUUUAGCACUCAACCUUCUUUAUUCUCAUCUGAGAAACUUCUGGCCUCUUAUUCUCUCAUCCAGACCUUCCCAGCUUCAUCCGAAUAUACCUGAUACAUACCGUCCAUUGAUCCUCGCUUCCCGCAUACAGAUUCUCUCCCAACCAUGUCAAGAUGACACUGCAUACCCAUCCUUCCUUGCAUGUGCUCAAAAGCAAUCACCGCUCUUUCCAAAGCUACGAUCUCUCGCAUGGCGUGAUUCUUCUCUCACCUGUAUCCCAGUCCUCAAACACCUCUUGCCCACAGUUGAGAUCCUCUCCCUCGACAUCUCAUCUUCGUUUCGCAAAGCCAUCAUCCCUGUACUCCCUACCUUCGCCCCUCGCCUCAAAGCUCUUGAGAUCAAGGGCAGCCUCUUCAUGACCGACAAAAAUCCCUCCGAAAUUGAAUCCCUCCUCAUCAGCUAUCCCGAUGGUCUUGCAGAACUUUCAUUGACAUGCCAGUUGCAUUAUGUCCCGAGCACCAUCCUCAAUGUCAUUGCACUCUGGCCAUCUCUCCGAUCCCUCACUUUAAAGCUAGGUAUCGACAGCAUUCCUACCCUACCUCUCCACAUCCCCCAGCCUUUUUCCGCACUCACUCACCUGCACAUCUUAUGCGAUGACAAUCUGGACCUUUUCAUGUAUUUCUUACGCACCUUCCAAAUCCUCAACUUCGGUUCCUCCAAUAAUCCUUCCAUCACAUUCUCCAACCUCAAAACAAUCCAGUUCAACGCAGAAGGUCACAGUUCCGCCAACACCUGGUCCCAAUUCCUCACCUCUCUCGCCAAUACAAACACGAAACUAGAGCACAUAUUUAUAACCGAGCGAUGCGGCUUUCAAUCCAUCCCACCCUCCUCUUUCGAAUUUCGCCCCCUACUCGCCCACCCGAGUCUUGCACGCCUCAGUACCCUCAUACUUUCUCCCAGCCGCACAACCUCCAUCGUACUCACCGACGUCGACAUCCUCACGCUCGCUCGUAUAUGUCCUCAUCUCCACAUUCUUGACUUGGGGCUACGUAAUACCCUCGUGUCCUUGUAUGCUUUGAAUAUUCUCGUCAGGCGUUGUCGCGAGUUGCGCGAGGUCUCGCUCUGCAUGGACGUGCGGGUCGAUGCGGUCAGAAAUAGAGAUAAUGAAAAUGUCGGCAACGACAAAGUAGGUCUGCAACCUAACAGUCGCUUGAUCAAACUGGGAGUCGGGGAGUCGCCUCGGCCCAUCGCGUGCCCCACAGUGCGCCCUAUGCCCUCAUCGCCAGAGCUGACGGAGUCAAUCUCACGGUUCUUGCAUGCGAUGGCACCCCGGCUCAAAGGUGUCACGUUCCAUGGAAUACAUGGGGGUCUAUGGCGGGUGGUGUCAGACAAUUUGUGGACGAUGGCGACAGACGAAGAUGAUUAAUGGUGUCUUUCUGGGAUAUGCGGCAAAAUCAGUUACAAGAUUCGACUAACGUUUUUGGAGUAUAGGUGUAUUUCAGUGUGCAAGUAGACGAUGAGAGAAUAGCGAUUUGCAAAACUGUAACAGGUAGAGUGUUAUAAAUGACCAAAAGAGUGAUGCCUUGUAUGGGCGGUAUGCGAG